AGAAAUUGUGAAGCAUCUGAAUUUCCAAGAAAACAAAGGGCGCCCUCAGAUCAAGAGGGCAUUACCAAAGUGUUGACGCUAUUUCGAGAAUUGGCGUGAUUCUCAAGCGAAAUUUCCGAAUUCACUAAAAAGAAAAAAGAAAUCACAGAUUCUGAUUUGACUUUUGGAACCCCAUCUCUCCCAAUUUAAUUUUCCUUCGAUAUUUAUCCAAUUCAGAAACAUAAUCGUGACAAUUUUAUGCUUCGGAGCCUCCAUCUUCCACUCCAUUGAAUCUCAGCCGUACGUUUGAUUCAACUCCGACUCUCUGCGACUGCUCCACUUCUUCUUUUCCUAUAAGUGUCCUUUCCUCACUAGGACUUCAGUUCUUUCUCUGCUUCUGUCUGCGGUCUGAUCGCUGAUUCCGGAUUUCCGAUUCAGGGGUCGAAUUUUCGUUCUGGGUUUUUCUAUUUCUUCGUAAAUACACAGCCAUGUCCGGCGGUAUUGCACGCGGUCGUCUUGCGGAGGAGCGGAAGUCGUGGCGGAAGAAUCAUCCCCAUGGUUUUGUUGCGAAACCGGAGACGAUGCCUGAUGGGACCGUGAAUUUAAUGAUUUGGCAUUGCAUUAUUCCUGGGAAAGUUGGGACAGACUGGGAGGGUGGUUUUUUUCCCCUUACACUUAAUUUCAGUGAAGACUACCCAAGUAAGCCACCAAAGUGUAGAUUCCCUCAGGGUUUCUUCCAUCCUAACGUUUACCCAUCAGGAACAGUCUGCCUGUCAAUUCUCAAUGAAGAUAGUGGGUGGAGACCAGCCAUAACAGUUAAACAAAUUCUUGUUGGAAUCCAGGAUUUGCUGGAUCAACCAAACCCUGCUGAUCCUGCUCAGACAGAAGGGUAUCAUCUCUUCAUCCAGGAUGCCGUUGAGUACAAGAAGAGGGUUCGCCAACAAGCCAAACAGUAUCCACCUCUGGUGUAAGCUGAUUCUGGUUCCCAUUAUACUUCUUGAUACUAUGAUGAUAGAUACUAUGAUGGUAUUAGCAGCCAGUUGCCACUGAUUGAAUCAACAUUUAAAACUGACUCGUUUUAUAGAUCGUUGGUAUGUGGUGCACAUUUCAAUUGUCAUGAUAAUCUCUGAAACUUUAAUGUUUCCCAGAUAUGGACCAACUUAUGUCGAUAUUUAUAUCGGUAGACAUGUCAACAGCCUGAUGCUGCAUUGUGUUCAUAUUGUGAACUUGUGGUUUCCUGCUCUAAGAAGUGUAUGAAAGAAAGGGUUUUUCUUAA